CACACACACACACACACACGAUGGCCAUCAGGUGUCUCGGUUGCUGUCUCAGUCGCCCUCAUCUCUUGCUCCCCAAUGUCACUCGAAAGCAUUGUGGAUGCAAUCAACAACGCUACUUGGGAAGACCCCUCAACACAAGCUGCUGUUGACCUGGUUUCCUUAUGGGAUCGCUUGGUGCAGCAUCACCGUGCUGAAUAUAAUAGUUCUUCCCGCGGCGCCGAAUCCCGCCCGACACCCACCGAGAUCCAGCUCGAUCUUGCCCGUUUGGCCCUCGAAAAGAUCUGCCCGCCUGUUCUUACCGCUGCCUGCUCACUUCGAUACGACCGUCAACUCCAAGAUAGAAGCCAGUCCUCUGACCUCAAACUCCGCGCCCGCCGCGUCGCCAAAAGCUUUGCUACGACACCGCACAUUCUCUACUUUGUCCUUCGGGACGGAAUCACAAGCCACGUUUUCCUCGACUCCCUGGGCCGUCUCUCGAAGCGGUCCCAACCACCCACGUUGCUCGAGCUUGCCACGCGGCUUCACCUAGCCUAUCAAGAGAAUUCCGGUGGCGAUUCCGCCAUCCGUCGUAAAACUCUACUUCGUUGGGGGGCAGACAUCUGGCCAUCAAAACGAACCAAAGUCUCGUACUCCACAGACUCGAUCCGCGACCAUCCCGCCUCAUCUUUUCCGACGCCCGCGAUGCCUACAGAUACUCCCAUGGCUCCUACCCCCGAGACCCCAAGGCCCAGAACCAGUCGUCGUGCCUUAUCCGGCUCUCCUAGUCCUUCAAUCUCGCCACAUCAGCAUUCUUCAUUCUGGGAUGCGAACGAAAACGCCCACGAUGACCAAACCAUGAUGGGUAUCUCGGUUACUCCUGUAUCGACUCUGCAGCCUGUGCCAAAGGGAGCACUGCCAGCCCGUCUCAGUGCCGGUCCCAGUGCCGUAAGCCCAAUCAAUACGGCUCCCAAGAAUAUUGGGCCUUUGACACCGGUUCCGGUUCAGCCGGUGAAACGGCCUCACCUGAAGGCAUUCCCCAAGGAACAAUCGCAGCCAUUGGCCACUCUACCCCAAGACAAUACCUACCGACCAAACAAAAGGAGUUGCCAGCCAUUAGUAGUUGAUUAGGCAACUUCUUAUAGGAGCAUCCUUGGCCAGGUCGUGGACAGUCUAGACACACUCGAUGAUAAGCAAUGGCUGAACGACGUGGUUGUUAACGCCUUGGUUAGUUGCCUACGCUCUAACAAAGUAGUGUAGAUAUCUAGCCUUGUCAUUAAAGCGUGGAACAAGCCUGACAGGAUGCGACAGAGGAUUUUAACCUUACUUGGUGACCAUGACAUAGUGCUAAUCCUGGCGUACAAUAAUUAGCAGAAGCACUAGGUGCUCUUCUGCUAGGUUCAUUAGGAUAACUAUCUUGACGUCUAUAAUCCCCUUAGAAAGGAGGCUAAGGGUUCAGGUGUUCUAGUCUUACAAGUCAUUUCAUUUCUUAGCUAGCUUCUGCAAGGGCUAUAAAUUACCUAGAAAGACAUAGUAAGGAAAAGCUACCUAAAGUAAGAUAACAUAUAGGAUUAUAG